AGCAGUUUGUGAUUUUUGUGUUUUUUGUGUGCGUCACUUUUCAUAUAGCUCUAGACCUAGGUCUGCUUCAUUUUUCUUGGGAGACACGAGGAUAACUCUUUCUUGACAUUUCUAGCAUGAAUUAGUUACUGAACUUCAACGCGCCAGUGUAAUAGGAUUAAUGCCCCUUCCUCAACUUGAGAGUGUAGCAGACGAUGGAAUUUGUUCCAGAUGGCGGCGACUCACGUCAGAUCUCGCAGCUGAGUAGGCGGGAAAUCGUCGCAAGUGAACUAAUCUAUUAAUGAUUAUUGCUUUUUUUUGUUAUGGAGAGUUUGAAUCUACAUUCAGAGAUGUAGGUCGCUGUGAGGGUUUUCCCGAUUUAAGUACGCCAAGGAGGCGCUACUAACUUACUUCUUGUGGGACCAUUUCUAUUUGUCUACUUUUAUUUAAAGAAAAAAAGCUAGCCAUGGCGUCCUUGAACUUGAGCUAUCCGUCCGGUGCGACGGCCGCCAUCGCUCUAACCAACGUGACAUUGAGUAACCAUGACCCAUUCGUCUCGUCUAUGAGCUACUCCUGGGACCUGAUCAUUGGAAUUACUAUUGUGAUGAUUGUUAUCUCUGGAUUGUUCUUAAACGUGACCGUUCUGUGGACACUGGUCAAGCGCAGAGCUGGACUAAGGCACAACCACCAGCUGACCAACACAGAUUACUACAUCAUAGCGUUAGCCUCGUCUGACCUCUUGGCCGUCGUGCUCUGCUACCCCCUGACCUUUGUGUCCACCUUGUCUCACAGGUGGCUCUUUGGACAAGUUGGUUGCUCCAUCAACGGAUUCUUUGGUUUUCUCUUUAGUACAGUGGACGUCGGUGUUCUGUCCACAAUGUCUAUUGUCCGAAUGUUGAGUGUCAAAAUGCCGCAUUGUGCCUUAGUGAAACAGCCUCGUUACACGGGCGUGGUCUUAAUAGGAGUACUCAUUUACGCCUUGAUUUGGACUGCAGCACCACUGUUUGGGUGGGGUGUAUACGCCCCUGAGCCAUUCGGCACCUCGUGCACUGUGUCGUGGAAGAAUCCUGACAGAAGCUAUGUCACAGCCGUGUUCACAGGUGUCCUAGCCGUGCCGUUGUUCAUCAUGCUGGUCUGUUACGGCUGUGUGGUGUAUCACAUGAGCUUAAGCGCCUCUCGUGUGGAGCGGUACUUUGCCGAGAGGAAGAGAAGGGCCAAGAGCCAGAACCGCUUAGUCAGGAUGGCGGUCAUCAUGUGUGUGUGUUUUCUCAUCAUCUGGUUGCCUUAUUCCGUCUUGAGCAUCUGCUUCGCCUACAUUCCCGCCUUUGACGUCCACCCUGUCCAGUCGGCCAUCCCCACUGUGCUGGCCAAGAUAAGUCACGUCAUUAACCCUGUGAUCUACUUCACUAUGAAUCCUUACUACCGGAGACGUGUCAAGUGUUUUAAUUGCUGGCAGUCCGUCACUUCCAACGUCUCCAUCAACACCGGAGGCAAAAUGACAGAGGAGUGCCCCGCGGAGAGAAGCUCCGACCAGGCCACCCAGCUCCCUCUGAGCACCUACAUCACCCCUAGCCCCAGCAUGCCCCACAACAUCCACGCCGCCAGAUACAACGCCACGGAUCGAGGCUCUCCGGCUGGCAGCUUGGGGGCAUACAGCGACGACGAGGCUGACAACGGGACUGUGACCCUCACGGAGGUGGGCUCUGUGGACGUCCACAGCAGUGUCACCCUAAAACAGCAACACCUCCAAGAUCUAAUCUUAACCUUAUCAAAAGAAAGCGGCGGAGUUAAAAACUAUCAGGAGGGCGCUAAAAAAAACAGCCUCCCCAACGACUACCCCCCAAACAACGUUGCCAAAUCUGGCAGUAAAUCGCUGACUCGUCUAAUGCUCGUCCUAGAUAAACGUAAUUUUAAAGGCGUUCAUAAAGAGUCGAGCUUAAACCAGAGCGAGACAAGGAAACUUCAGAGCAACGACCCCGACACUUCCAAAAAUCUACUUUCUGCCCAGGAAACCUCCGGCCUGAACACGAAAGCAGGAUUUCUUUCCAAUUAUAACAAUCUGGCUGCCAACUGUGGUAAUCUCAAUGACAGCGAAGACGGCGACGGCCACCUCCUGAGAGACAAAGUACGGAAAAAGUUGGUAGGAGUGGUUCUGUCCACGGCGAAUGGGGACAGCUCACACGACUCCAGCGCUAGCUCCACUCCGGAGCCGGACUCGUCCCGGAGUCCCUCCGCGCGGAGCUCAGACGACAUUAACUCCAACGAAAUUUCCAAUCCGAAACGAUUGGUCCGGUUCAUGGCCAUCCAUAACGGCGUGGACACCGCCACUGACCAGAAUGAAAACCUGGAAACCUUUGUGCUGGUUUGUCCAGAAGAGAUUGAACAUUUGAUGGUAGACAAGAAUUCUUUUCCAACGGAAUUAAUUACUAAUGCUUAGUGCACACUUUCUGCCUUGGAUAAAGGACAUUGGAAUAAACGAACCGCCACAAUGACAUUUGAACAUUACAGAGGAAACACUAUAUAAUAAAGGAAAACAAUUUUAUUUAGACUACAAAUAUUUAUAGACUUAAUUAUAUUCAUAUAAUAUUAUUUUGUGUAUUUAUAAUAUAUAUAAAGUGUGCCAUUAAAAUUCCAUAUUGUAGUUUUUUAGAUAUGGCGGAUAACGAUAAAUUAGCUAGACCUGUUUGUAUGAUAUAUAUAU